AUGUGGUUAUCCUCUCCGCGGUGUGAGAAUGUAAUUAAGGAGGUUUGGAAUCCAGGAGAUGGGGAAGGAAAUGUAGCUGACAUCCUUGAGAAAAUUAAAAAAUGUGGAGAGACCUUACUUAAGUGGGAUAGGGAGGAGUUCGGUAAUGUGCAAGCAAAAAUAAAGGAGGUGAGGAAAAGAAUGGCUUAUCUAGAUAACUGUAAUCCCACGAGUGAUGUUGUUAGUGAAAGAAAAAGGAUGUCUGACUCACUUGAUGAAUUGUUAUUGGUUGAGGAGACUAUGUGGCGCCAAAGAUCGAGAGUGAUGAAUUUGGCGGAGGGGGAUCAAAAUACAAAAUUCUUUCACCAGAAGGCGACUAGAAGGAAGAGAAGGAAUUUCAUUAAGGGUGUGAGGGGCAGUAAUGGGGUAUGGGUUGAUGAUCAGAGGGAGGUGGCUAAGGUGGUUGUGGAGUUUUUUACUCAAUUAUUUACCUCAGCCGGGCCACAUUCUUUUGAGGAAGCACUGAUGGGUAUUAACAGUAGGGUCACGGAGGAGAUGAAUCAAGAGGUGGUGCGACCUUUUGACCCGGGUGAAGUUUAUAAUGUGUUGUUUCAGAUGCACCAAAGUAAGGCCCCGGGCCCGGACGGUAUGAAUGCAAAUUUUUACCAGAAACAUUGGCAUAUUGUCGGGAAGGACGUGACUGAUUGUGUGAUAGGUGUGUUAAAUGGUUCCCGCAGCUUUAAUGAUGUGAAUAAAACUCAUCUUUUUCUUAUUCCAAAAGUGAAAAACCCAUCCUCUUUUUCAGAAUAUAGGCCUAUUAGAUUUUGUAAUGUGAUUUAUAAGAUAGCCUCAAAAGUCCUGACACGAAAGUAUGUCGGUGAAGUUAGACAUGAGCAAGGCAUAUGGCAGAGUAGAGUGGGUGUUUUUUCGGAGAAUUAUGGAGAAAAUGGGCUUUCAUGUUACUUGGAUCCGCAUGGUAUUGGACUGCAUAUCAACUGUUUCUCAUGCAGUAAAAUGGUGAAUAGAGGUGAGCUGAAAGGAGUAAAGGUAUGCAGGAGUGCACCGGAAGUCUCACACUUGUUGUUCGCCGAUGAUAGCAUAAUUUUUUGUAGGGCUGAGGAGAAGGAUGUUGGUGCUUUAAAAAGGGUGCUUGAGUUGUACGAGAAUGCAUCUGGGCAAAAAAUAAACUUCAGUAAAUCUGAAGUAACUAUGAGUGCAAAUGUAGGAGUAGAGAGACAGGAGGAACUCGCAGUAAGUUUGGGGUUUACUUUGGUACAAAUGCAUGGGAAAUACCUUGGUAUGCCCACAUGGAUUGGGAGGUCAAAGAACCAAGCCUUUGCCUCAUUUAAAGAACGUGUCUGGAAGAAAAUUAAAGGUUGGAAGCAACAUGCCUUGUCUUAUGCAGGUAGAGAGAUAUUAUUGAAGGCGGUCGUCCAAGCGAUACCCACAUACUUGAUGAGUCUGUUCCGGCUUCCACAGGGACUGUGUCGUGACAUAGAGCGGAUGAUGGCGAGGUUCUGGUGGGGAUGCAAAGAAAAUGAGAAGAAGAUACAUUGGAUUUCCUGGGAUAAGCUGUGUUCGGGUAAAGCGGAGGGAGGGUUGGGUUUUCAUCACAUAGCAAACUUCAAUGAAGAAAUGCUCGCAAAGCAAGCCUGGCGUCUGCUACAACAACCUGAUACACUGGCAGCAAAGGUUCUCAAGGCAAGAUAUUUCCCUUCUGGCGACAUUCUAAAUGCAAGUGUAGGAAAUAGACCAAGUUAUGUCUGGAGGAGUAUCUGGGGCAGUAAAUGGGUAAUAGAAAAAGGAUGUAGAUGGGUGAUAGGGGAUGGUAAAUCAGUUGACAUAUGGAGGGAUCAAUGGCUUGGAAGACCACCGUCUUUCCGCUCAAUCUCUCCAAGGUCAGCAAGCAGCAACGCUAUGCAUGUCUCAGACCUCAUUCAUGAAGAGUCGAAUUCUUGGAAGGAGGAGGUCGUGAAUCAACUUUUCUUACCAUUUAAAGCUGCUGAGGUACUUGCAAUACCACUGUGCUCAACACCUUUAGAUGAUAUUUUUGCGUGUGGGGAGGAGAAUGACAUCCAUGCUCUUUUAAGAUGUUCGUGGUCUGCAGUGGUUUGGGAAAAGGCAGGACUUGAAGAUAUGGUGGAGGGCUCACAUUUCCUUUUCUUUGCUGAUUGGUUUAAUUGGGUACUAAAAGCUACGAGCCGGGAGAGUGUGGAGUUAGUCUACAUAAUUUUUUGGAACAUUUGGUUCAAGAGGAACCGUGUCAGGCUGGGAGGAGAGCAUAGAAGACCUGAAAUGGUGGUAGCCAUUGCCAAUGGGUUGUUAAAUGCGUAUCACUUGGCAAAGUUGGAGCUUAAACCUGCUGGAAUGGGGGGACUGCAGCGUAACCAAACGAAGUGGGAGCCUCCCACGGUGGGGUGGCUUAAGCUAAACUCAGAUGCUAUAUUUGGGGAACAAGGAUGCGGUUUGGGGUGCGUAAUUCGGAACCAUGAGGGAAGUGUACGAAGGGCAGGGGUCUCACAAGUGAAGCAUAUGUGGACUGUGGAGGUUACAGAAGCAAAGGCAAUAGCCUUGGGCCUGCAAUUCGCUAGCCAAUGUCUGGAGCGGAAGAUUGUGGUCGAAUAUGAUAACCUGUCAAGAAGCUUAAUGAUGGACAUUUAG